CCCCCCGCUUAUUGAGUGACGUCACUGCGAGGCGACGUUGGGAAAUCAGAAAAGGCGGAAGUGUGCGAGGAAGAGCUGAGUCCCAGAUCCCAAGGAGAUGCCCAAAGUGAAGAGAAGCAGAAAACCUCCUCCAGAUGGUUGGGAAUUAAUUGAGCCCACCUUAGAUGAACUGGAUCAAAAAAUGAGAGAAGCUGAAACUGAACCCCAUGAAGGGAAGAGGAAAGUGGAGUCCCUCUGGCCCAUCUUCAGAAUCCACCAUCAGAAAACACGCUACAUUUUCGAUCUCUUCUAUAAGAGGAAGGCCAUCAGUAGAGAAUUGUAUGAGUAUUGCAUCAGAGAAGGAUACGCAGACAAAAACUUAAUUGCCAAGUGGAAGAAACAAGGUUACGAAAACCUCUGCUGCUUACGCUGCAUCCAAACGAGAGAUACCAACUUCGGGACCAACUGCAUCUGCAGAGUACCCAAGGGCAAGCUGGAAGUGGGGCGAAUAAUUGAGUGCACUCACUGCGGUUGCAGGGGCUGCUCUGGAUGAAGCCGUUCAGAAAGGAGUCCCGCCCUUCUGAGAGAAGUUCCCCCAUGGCUGCCUCCACCCCCGGGACUGUGCGGAGGAGCUACGACCCUUCCUUUUGUAACUAUUUUGCUCUGAAUGGACCUCCUCAGCACUCUGUGCUGCAUUCGUCUGAAUUGUAAAUGCAAGUAGCGUGUAUUGACUUUCCUGUGUACGCAUUUUAUUUUGAAAUAAAGCUGUGUUUGUUUCUCCUUG